AUGGAUGUGAAAGCUAGAGAGCAUUUGGCAUCUUUAAUAAACGACAUUACCAAGACUGGAGAAUGGACGCUGGAUAAUGAAAAACUAAAGGAGAUCAAACGAAUAUGCAAAAAGUCUGAAGCUUUUGUUGAAAUGUCCGUUGAGCUGAUUUUUAUACAGCUGGGAAAGAAGCAAGCUCAGAUUCGAUAUUCUGCCCUUCAGCUAGUAGAAGAGUUGUUUUCACGAUCCCACAAGUUUCGACAACUGAUUGCGGAAGAGUUUCCGCAGUUUCUACAGUUGACUAUUGGAAUACAUCAAAAGUCAUUACCACCGCCUAGUAACGUGGCUUCCAAACUCAAAGAGUUCGCCGUUGCUUUGGUUAAGACGUGGUACGAAAAAUACGGAGAGAGCUAUCGACCUUUGGCUAUUGGUUACGAUUAUUUAAUAUCCAGCGGUGAAGCUAACUUUGAGGGAUCGAGCUUGAGGGAUAUCAGAAGUCGGGACACACAAAGAUCCCAACAAGAUGUGAGGUUGAAGGCAAUAAAUGAACGGAGGUUCCAAAAUAUAGAGACACAGGUUGCAGACCUAAAAGAUGAUAUUCAAGAAAACCUGAAAAACAUGGAAUCUUGUUUUGAAAUUCUGGUCCCAAGAUUUGAGGCAGAACAGGCACUGGAUGAAGAGAGAGCGGCUGGUGAAACUGGCAAAGCACUAAGCCGAGGAGAUGCCUAUAAAGAUAACAUUAUGUCUCAUGGUCUCGGUUCUUCACGUUAUACCAUUGAAAUCGAUCUGUCUGAAGGCAAUGUUAUGGAGGACGUAAAAGAGUCUGAAGACAAUGAAAUCUUAUUCGAAAAACUUCGAGAGUCUUACAAAAUUAUGACCUCCAAGCAUCUAACUAAAAUCAAUGAAUGGCUGAAAAACUUGGUGAAGAUUGAAUAUACGGAUCCAGCGGCCAAAGAUGACCUUCUCAAAGCCAUCAUCAGCUUGAAAGACGAAAUUCGAGACGCCACUCGUAAGAGCGCUUUAAUAGGUAUUGAUACUCAAGUUGAGAAUGCCAACAAAGAAGCGAAUAGCGACGAUGAAGAUGAUGAAGACAUCGAUGCCCUUUUCGAGGAAGUUGAAGUUCCUACGUUGGAUGAGCCCUCUACAUCUGUCGCGUCAGAUAAACCAAGUGCUGUCGUAAAAUCGAAAAAACUGCCACCCGUCCAGAGAGUAUUCCCAUUAGCUCACGAACCACAUAUGGCUGAAGAUGCUACUUACACUUCGCCUUUGCAAGCGCAAAUAGAGAGAACAGGCAGACUCCGAGAAAAUUCACCAUCAGGCAACAAAGGAAAGCAAAAGGCAGAUCUUCAGCGAGAGGAGCUUUUGAAGGUCGCACCGGUGGUUGAGUGGGGAGAGGACCUUUACUAUUGGGACAAGCAAGAUGUGCAGUUCAACCAAAGUGGCCUCGAAUAUCACCAUCGAUUUCUGGGAGAUGGCGAAGGUGCAAAUAAGCUGUCGGAUGAAACAUUACAAUCUUUGAAAAUGAGAGCCGUUUAUUACAAUCCUCAGUGGCCAGAGAAGAUCAAGGCGUGCCGUGCCCCUUUAAGAAGCGGCAGUCUUUGUCCUCGUAGAGAUUUGGUGACUUGCCCAUUUCAUGGACCAAUUAUUCCUCGUGAUGAAAUUGGUAGACCGGUGGAUCCGAAAACCAAGUUACCAAUGGUUGAUUUAGGCGAACAAGAGACACCAGAAGUGGAGGAAGAUAAGGAUAAGUCCGUAUUCUCUUCGGUGAAAGCCGCACAACCUGCCCUUUGGGAACAGCUGGAAAACGAUGUCAUGCGACAGCAGGGACUUACCCCGAUUGAAAGCACUAAACGUGGCCAAAAGCGAAAGAAAGAAAAGGCUCCAAGUGCUUUAAUUGAUGUAAGGAAGAAGGCAGAAACCAGGCUUACCCGCCUUCAACGACGACUGGAUGACCCACGUAUGAAGAGAAUUGUUGAGGAAACACUGGACCAUGAAAGAUCAAUGAAACUUCGUGACAAGAAAGCAAACUCAUGGAGAGGAAUUUAG